UCGUGGACAGUUCCGCCAUUUUGAUUUGCGCCAGCAAGAUAAAUUGUACGUCAGACGGUCCGAAAGGUUUUUCUGGGCUCCAGAUGGAUGGCAAUGGCAAAAUUGGCAGGCCAUUGGAAUCACAUCAUGGUUCUGUUCUGAGAUAUGACGAAGUACUUGCUAUUCUCAAUGCUGAUCAGACAGAUCAAUGUAGUCAAGGAGACACAGUGGUGCCAAAAGGUGGGGAUGUGUAUAUAUGCAAGUUACAACAACCUGAUGCUACUGAACAGAGCAGUCUCCUUGACGAUGGACUCAACUGGACAACAACAGGCUCUGCAUCAUUGCCUAGCAACAGGAGGACAGUUGUCAGCAAGAAAUCCUGCUGCGUUGUGGACAAGAAUGGCUCCAUGUUGAGGAAUCUGCAGAAAGAUAUCUACCAGAAAGAAGCACAUCCUAGUGGUCAACCUUGUGUAAUUGUCCAUUACAUUGGAAAUUUCCAGAGUUUUAUCAGUCAAAUGAAAGACAACACUAUCAAUGAACAAGCAGCGGACACAACCAGUAUGGACGUGGACCCUUCAGAUGAUACAGAGCAAGGGGCGGUCUCCAGUCAGGGAUAUCAAGGUCAAGGUUCCUCUCCUGGCCCCUCCAUGGCCCCAGACUCCAGUUCGGACCAACCUGACCUAGAGAGUGCCAUGGCCGUGAUGAAGGCAGCCCUGGCAGCCAAGCGGAAGAACUCCCCUGCGGUGAUGGACAUGUUUCACAAACUCAUGGAGUCUGUGACUGAGGAUGGUUCUGACAUGGACAUGUGCCUGGUGGUCAGUGACAGGAAGAGUGGACACAGCUCCGUGAUAGGAACCCCAGACUUGGUGUCUGCACAGUCCACAGGUAGAAGCAAGAGGAAGAGAACCUCUCAGCUCUUUGAGGACAGUUCAGUGUCUGGGAAUGAGGGAAAUGAGGAUGACAGCAAUACCAGCUCAACUGAUCACAAGAGAGUUCCACAAGACGGUGAAGUGCUGGACUGGAAAGGUGACAUCGUGACAUUUCCAGCUCUUACGAAGGAAAAUUGCUUCAGCUUUAAUGUGAUUUCUGAUGAAGAAAAACAGAUACAUGCAGAUUUCUUUGACAAGAGAAGGAGGUCAACAAAAUCAGCGGACCGAUACUUAAGAAUUCGGAAUCACAUUAUACAUAUGUGGCAAAAGCAGAAGCCACAAUUUGUCAGCAAGUCCCACGCACGUAAGGGACUGACAGACUGUGGAGAUGUGACAUGUAUUAGCCGUAUCCACACCUACCUCACCUGUAAAGGGGUAAUCAAUUUUAAAGCAGUUAAACACCACAGUGCUCCAAAGAUUCAGAAGAAAGCAAAGCGACGUAAAAUUGUGGAGGACACAUUCACUGAUGAGGAAGAUGAAGAAGAACAGCAUCACGAGUCUGUGUCAUUAGACAAGGAAGAGCCAACAAUCCGUGGGAAGGCCUCCACAACAAACACAUCUAAAAGGAAACCCAUGGAGAGUGAAUCAGAGACUUCUAAGUCAACACCAAAGAAACAUCAACCAGCUGCCAAGAACUUGCAUUCUGCAUUGAAGAAGCUUCCUGAAUCUAAUAAGAAAGGGACAGAAAAAUUGUCAGUAGAGGUUACGCCAGUUAGUGUGUCAGGACGUAGCAGAAGAAAUGUGUCCACUCCCAACUGGGCAGAUAUAAUCAGUGGAAGGAAAAGUUUCAGAGAUGGAGCUGUGCUUAGAAAGGAUGGUGAGAUAAGUGAUGAAGAAGAGGUUGAAAAAGAUGAUAUUGCUGAAGAAACUGAAUUGGCAGCUGCUUCAAUUGCAAAGACAAAAAAGAAGCAACAGCGGAAACUGAAAUCCAAACCAGAAGACAAUAGGACAAAAAUAGAUGAUCCUGAAGAAGACACAGAGAUUCCAAAGGAACAUGAUGACAAAGAAUCUAAAGAAUGCAACGAAAAGGAGAUAAAACAUGAUAAGACCACUGAGUCAGUGAAAGAGACUGAAAAUAAUGACAAGGAAGUUGAUGGAGCUCAGUCUGAAAAUGAAGAAAUCCAACAUGUUACGUAUGUUGUAAAACAACAAAAGAAAGCUAAGGUCGUUCCCUUAACUGUAAUGAAAGGGACAUAUCAGUGUUCAAUAUGCUCAAAAGCAUUCUCUUCUAAAACUCUACUGGAUCAGCACAUUAACUUCCUUCAUAUUUUAUCUGAAAAAGGAAAAAAGAUAGAAAAUGAAGAUGGGGAUGAGGAUGAUGAUUUUGCUGAUGACAUUGUGGAAAUAAAAAUAUCAGAUUUUGAAGCUAAAGCUAAUAAUGAUUCAGACAGUCAAGAUGAAGAUUUCAAUGAAAUAGAACAAAAUGCGGAUGACAUUAAUGAUGCAGAUACAGAUAUAAAGCGUGAGGUCAGGAAGGAAAUCAGAAACGAAAUAAAGGCUGCUAGAAUUGAAAAGAUCAGGUCUUUUGGACAAUUGCCUUCAAAACGCAAUGCUAAUUCAGGAAGUGUGAAAUGUGAAAAAUGCGGAACAAAGUUUGCAGCACUAGCGAAUCUAAAACGUCACAUGUUACUUCAUACCGAUAAAGUAUAUGAAUGCCCAUACUGUGCAAAGAUAAUGAAACGAAUGGAUUAUGUUGUUGCACAUGUUAGAAAAGUGCACAAAGAAGUGGACCUUGAAGAAAAUCCAAUUGAUUUUGAGAAAUAUUCGCACACAGUUCCAGAAGAGAGGGAUAGUGACAGACCUAAUAUGCAGUCUGAUCAAGAGGAUGGGAAAAGGGACAAGAUGAAGGUGAUCACUGGCACAGGGAAGAAAGUGUGUCCAGAAUGCUCGAAGCUGUUUGACACGCAGGAGGAACUUGAGCAGCACAUGGUGCAAGUACACGACAAGGAGCUGAAGGACGCAGCGUACACAUGUCAGGCAUGUAAGAAGACGUUUACAAGCCUCGUCAGCUUCCAGGUGCACAAGCUUACACACAGAAAGAAGGACUUUGUGUGCCCACAUUGCGACAAGAAGUUCACCUCCAAUACUCAGCUGCAGAUUCAUAAGAGGAACGAUCAUGAAAUUCAGUAUGGGGCCUUGAACUAUUUCGGGUAUCUUAUGAACAAUGGUAGAAUAACUUGCGAGAUUUGCAGCGCAAAUUUUGACGGGGUUGAUGAAUAUUUGAUCCACAGGCACGAACACUUGACCUUCGAGUACUUAUGUGCAAAGUGUGGAAAUGGUUUUAAUGACAGAGAGAUGUUUGAGAAACAUCGCCAGAAUAACUGCGAGGGGGAGGAGUUUCAUCAUUUCCCGUGUGGAGUUUGUAACAAGAGAUUCGGCAUGUAUGAUGCACGUCGCAAGCAUGUGAUGACUUUUCACCCUAAAAAGUCGGAUUACUUCUGUCACCACUGUGGCAAGGAGUUUGACAACGCUGAUCUACUUGCUAAGCAUUUUGAAAGCCACCAGCUAGAACGGGUGUACAUCUGUGAGACUUGUGACAAGACAUUCUUUGAAAAGAGGAAUCUGAUUGACCAUAGGGACGUUCACAAGUCAAGCAAAAACUUCCAGUGUAAGAUCUGCCUGAAGUUCUACCUCAGCUACAAGAGCCUGCAGCGGCAUAUUAAACUUCAUUUAGCAAAUGCCACUAAAGCCUGCAAAUAUUGUGAUGGCAAAUUUGCAAAUGUUGACGACCUGAACAAACACAUGCAGGAUGAACAUUCAGUUGCCUUGGAAGUAGAAGAAUUUGCAUGCCCGAAAUGUCCCAGAACUUACUCCAGUCAGGUGAAGCUGGAGAAGCACUAUGUUUUACAUGAGCUAGAUGGUGGAGACUCUACCAAGUACAUGUGCACCCACUGUGAGCAGAUAUUCGACAGUGUAGAGAUGCCGCUGGAAUUGCAUAUGGAGCAAGAGCAUCCAAAUAUUGGCAGGGAACACUUUAGCAAGAAGACUUGGAAGUGUUCCGAAUGUGACUUCACGACCCCCCACAAACAGAGGAUUGAGCGCCACAUGGAGACACAUAACGCAGAGAAGAAAUUUGAGUGCAAAUACUGCGGCAAGAGGUAUCAGACCACUAGCACACUCAUGACCCACAUUAUUUCACAUCGAGGAAAAGUGAGACGGAACGCCAAGCCUCAGCCCAUAUGUGUGUGGCCCGAUUGUGGGAAGCAGUUCAUGAAGCACUCUCUGUACAAGCGUCACCUGAUCUCACACCUGUACAAGGUGAAGAGUGGCAAGGAGCUGUGCAGGUGUGGACAGUGUGCCUACAGCGGGAUGGGGGGCAAGAAGUUCAACAUGGUGUUCCCACCCGGAAAGGGUGAAAGUGUAAACAUCCAGGCUAUCGGCUUUGUGGACGAUAUGGGUCAAACGCACGUGACCCAGCAUAUGAACAAGAUCCUAACUGCCCAUGGCGGCAGCAUGGUUGAGGUGAAUGUAAAGCAAGGAAUGGAGCCGUAUCAGUCCAUGGAGGUCCUGCAGGAAGCUAUAGCUAAGAUAGAGGACAUUGAGAGACACACAGAGACCAAUAUGGAGGAGGAGCAGAUUGACCUUCAGCCCACCAAACCAACUGAGGAAGUCACUGAAGGUGCUGACUUGUUUCCUGAGGAUCCAGAGGCUUCCACAAGUGGUGUGGGCACCCCAUUUUCUACAGCAGUUCAGAUGCCAGCCAACUCAUCUGUCAUCAUGGCUGGGAGUGGCGCUGAGGGUAAUGGUGCUGAUAGUGAUGCUAGCAUGUCAACUGAUGGCCAGAAAAUCCUGUACGUAAACAACACAUCUACCAAAGAGUUACAGAUCAUGGAAAUGCCACAGUCAGGAGCCUUUGACUCUGAUUUGAUGAGCACAGCAAACACCACCGGUGGAGAGCACGUCAUCAUAGAGGGAAGUGACGGGCGACAGACGAUCGUCAACAUAUUGAACAUGCCACUGAACCAGGAUGGCCAGGGGGUGUCAAGUCAGACUACAGAAACGGAGGGUGUACUUCAGAGCCACUAUGAGUGUGGUGUGUGCGAGCUGAUAUUCCAGCAUGCGUGUCACUGCACUAUACCACUUAGAAAGUAUGCACGAGGAGCAGAGUUUUCCCAAGUGUGACCUUUGUGGUAAACUGGUACUGGACCAAAAGAAUCUUAUGGAUCAUCGACUCAUCCAUAAUGAAGACAAGAAGUAUGACUGCAAGGACUGUGGUCGCAAGUUCAAAACUAAGCAGUGUUUGCGUCAACAUUCGUAUGUGCAUGUGAA